AUGGUGUACCCAAAUGCUUUCCAUGGAGCUUGCAUGUUUCACUUACUCAAUAAUUUGAAAGGCAAGUAUGGGAGCCAUGGAGAAGAGCUACAAAUGAAAUUCAUUGCAGCAGCAAAAGCAUACACAAAGACAGAAUGUGAACACUACAUGAGAGGCCUUGAUAGAAUUGAUAGACGCAUUAAGCCCUAUUUAGAAAAAGCCAAGUAUGAAACUUGGGCAAGAUCAUACUCGCCAACAAAAAGAUACACCAUGAUGACAUCCAACAUCGUAGAAUCACUCAACGCUGCACUAAAAGCUGCAAGAAAUCUCCCCAUUGAUAUCUUGGUUGAAUGCCUUAGAAGUUUGGUUCAAAAGUGGGUUUGGAACAACUCAAAUAAUGCAAAUGGAACAUUCACAAAAGUCUCUACAGCAACAGAGAAUGAAUUGAGACAUGACAUUGUUUCAAAAAUGAAGUAUGAGGUCUUGCCUUUCAACACAAUAGAAUACCAAGUUCGUAAUCAAAAGGGGAUAAAUUUCACAGUAAAUAUACAUAAUAGAACAUGUACUUGCAAUAGGUUCCAAGAAGAUGAAAUACCUUGUGGCCAGGCAGUGGCUGUCAUUGCAAAGAGAAACUUGAGUGUGUAUGAUUAUUGUGCAAAAUUCUACAGAACAGAAACGUUGAAAGCAUUGUAUCAAGAAAAUGUUCAUCCUUUGCGACAUAAAGAUGAAUGGAAUCUCCCACAACACUUGGACAUAAUAGUGAUGCCUCCAAAUGCAACAAUCCCUGCAGGAAGACCAAGAAAGAAACAAAUAAGAUCAAGAGGGGAACAUAAAGUAAUAAUCACCUGUGGGAAAUGUGCACAACCAGGACAUAACAGGAAGACUUGCAGGAAUCCUCCAUUUGAGAAGCCAAACAAACAGAAAAAGCCAAAGACAUAG